CAUUGUCUUUCUGCUCUUUCAAAAAAAAAAGUGAACUUUCCCCUCUUUCUCUCUCUCUCUCACGAAGAAGAAAAGCCAGUGAAGAAAUAUCUUCCCCUGCCGAACCAAACCCUAAACCCCUGAAAUUUUCCCGAGAAAAUCCUCAAAGUUCUGACACUUCUUGCUUCAAGAUUCCGCUGUUACCUGUACUUUCAGCUGACACCGGCAUUGUUCUCCAGAGAGAGAAACCCUAGAAGAUUUAAAUUUUCGUAAACCCUGAGAUUCCUGUUUCUUUUUUGCAGAAGUCAGGACAUUGGUUAAUCGAAAUGAAAAACCCAGAAAAACCCAUGUUCUUGUUUCUGAUUUUAGCUUCCAGUUUCGCUGCCAUGGCAUCAGCGAAAUCCACGAUCGAGCCGUGCUCCAACACCGACACCUGCAACGCCAUGCUCGGCUACACGCUCUACACCGACCUCAAGGUCUCCGAGGUUGCUUCUCUCUUCCAGGUGGACCCCAUUUCCGUGCUCCUCGCCAACGCCAUUGACAUCUCUUACCCAGACGUCGAGAACCACAUCCUUCCCGACAAGCUCUUCAUGAAGAUACCCAUCACUUGCUCCUGCGUCGACGGUAUCCGCAAGUGCGACUCGACCCAUUACAAGACUCGCCCUUCCGACACCCUCGGAACUAUUGCUGACUCAGUUUACGGCGGUCUUGUCUCGGCGGAGCAGAUCCAGGAGGCGAACUCGGUGAUAGACCCGACAGUCCUCGACGUCGGGACGAACCUUGUUGUUCCAUUGCCGUGUACUUGCUUCAAUGGCACUGACAAUUCUCUCCCUGCGGUUUAUCUGUCGUAUGUGGUGAGAGAAGUUGACACAUUGACUGGAAUCGCGAGGAGGUACUCGACCACUAUCACGGAUUUGAUGAACGUUAACGCCAUGGGAGCUCCUGAUGUCAAAGCCGGGGACAUUCUCGCCGUGCCAUUGUCAGCUUGCGCUUCGAAUUUCCCAAAGUACACUUCAGACUAUGGGUUGAUUGUUCCAAACGGAAGUUAUGUCCUUACCGCAGGCCACUGUGUCCAAUGCAGCUGUGCACUCGGGAGUCAUAAUUUAUACUGUGAGCCUGCUUCAUUGGCUGUCUCUUGCUCCAGCAUGCAAUGCAGAAACAGCAACCUCAUGCUCGGGAAUAUCACAACGAAGCAGAGUAGUGGUGGUUGUAACGUUGUAACCUGCAGUUACAACGGUUUUGCCAACGGCACUAUCUUGACUACGUUUUCCAUGUCUCUUCAACCUCGAUGUCCAGGACCAGAACAGUUCACUCCACUUAUAUCCCCACCUGAUACCCUACCUAAAGAUAUGAUCUAUUCACCGGCACCUUCGCCCGAGUUUGAUGGCGUGGGACCCGUUGCACCGGGCCCUAGAUCAUCCGUGUUUCCUGCAAGCGGGUCCAUUCCGGGAGUAAACCCGGCAAAUGGUCCAGCCGGAAGCAUCUCGGCCAGCUCGGUAUCAGUGAGCUACUCUUCAAUCUCCUUUGUGAUCUCCAUUGUGUCAUGCUUGCUUGUUUAAUCUGUUUGAUGCAAGCAUUGUUAUUUUGCCUUUUCUUCAUUUUUUGUGCAAUGGUGAUGAUGAACACUAGACAGUGUGAAGUGAACGUUUACUUGCCUCUCCUGCUCCCUUUGUUCCUGUUUACGGUUGGCAACUUGACAUUUGUGGAACCUUUUGGUUGGCUCGGCGGCUUUUCUUCUUU